AUGGAAAUGGCAAUCAUAUUGUAUCAAACACGACAUGUUGGUCCGGGUAGUAUCGUUGGUAUUCGACUUAGUCGUUCAGCUCAAUUGCAUGUAACGAUUCUUGCCGUUCUAUUUACCGGAGCUUGCUAUGCUCCAUUCGAUGCUGAUGCUCCAGACGAGCGUGUUCUCGAAGUACUUGCAGAUAUUGAAGCUACUCUUCUUCUUGUCGAUUCACAAACUUCUAUGAAUCAUUCAUUAGUUGUCGAUAUUGAAACUUUAAAGAAACAUACCAUCUCAGAUCAUAUUCAUUUGUCACUCAAUAUUGAUCCAAAAUCGAUCGCCUAUAUUAUUUGUACUUCCGGUUCGACUGGAAAACCGAAAGCUAUUGCUAUCACUCAUUCCAAUAUUUGUCAUUUUAUCCGUGCUGGCAAUGAAAUCAUGAAAAUAACAAAAGAUGACAUUGUCUAUCAAGGUUUUUCAGCUGCUUUCGACGGGUUUUUCGUUGAAACAUUUGCUGCCUACCUUGUUGGAGCCACUCUUGCAAUUCCUUCAAAAUCUGACCUGCUUAACACUGAUCGUAUACAUGUCUUCCUAAUAGAUCAUGCAGUCACCGUGCUAAGCACUGUGUCUACCUUAUUACUUCUCAUCAAUAACGAUCCAGCACUUAGACUUCGACUAAUCAAUGUUGGAGGUGAAUCUUGUCCGCAGGCUGUCGUUGAUCGUUGGUGGAAAGAAGAUAGACGAAUUAUAAACCAAUACGGUCCCUCAGAGACUACUGUCGCUGCUACAACGUCGCUACUUUAUCCUGGAGAACAAAUAAGCAUUGGUGCACCGUUACCAAACUAUGUCUGCUGCUUACUUGAUGAGGAAACAGGCCAGCCAACUACUGCUUCAACCGGUGAACUGUGUAUUCGUGGACCGGGUGUGGCUUUAGGAUAUUUUCGGAACAAUUCGUUGACAAAGCAAAAAUUUACCGAAUAUGGCUAUCGCACUGGCGAUCGUGUUACAUUUGAUCAAGGACGAAUAUAUUUUCAUAAACGAAUCGACUCUCAAGUGAAGAUUCGUGGAUUUCGAAUUGAGCUUACUGAAAUAGAAGAAGAACUAUUAAAAUUACAUGGUGAUGUUCAAUCGGCCGCUGUUGCCUUUCUGAACGGCCAACUUGUUGCUUUCAUUCUCGGUCAACUGAAUGAAACGACCAUGCGUACAGAACUUGGUAAACGACUACCUCGUUAUAUGAUACCCAAUCGAUUGAUUCAUGUCAAAGGAGCGAUACCUCGUAUGGCUAGUGGAAAAAUCGAUCGAAGAGCUCUCAAUGCUCUAUUUGUCGACGAAUCUAAAAAAAUGAGCACACAUGAAACACGAAUCGAUAUUGGUGAGUUGAUUGAAAGAGAUUUUGUUCAACGUCGACCGAGAAGAACUUUACGUCAAGAACGAAUAAUUAUUCUUAGUCUUUCUUGA